CGGGGGUCAGGCCAGGUCGCCGGCCAGGCAGCGGCCACCAGCGGCAUGGGCAGUGCAGCGCUCCUGAGGAGGAACUCUGGCAGACAGGGCCUGGACAGCCUCCUGAGGCUUGCCACACAGUGGAACCUGGAAGAUGAGGAGGAGGCUGCCCGGGAGCGGCGAAGGCGGGAGAGAGACCAGCGUCUGCGGGACCAGGACCAGGACCAGGACCAGGACCAGGAUGGAGGCAGCCAGUGCCCUCUGGAGCCCCCGGAGCAAGAGAAGCUCCUGACGGCCUCGGAGGCCCCGGAGCCAGAGGAGGACGAGGGUUUCGGGGACUGGUCCCAGAAGCCAGAGCUGCAGCAGCCCCUUUGGGGACAGGGCCCGGAGAGGGAGCAGGAGGGCGACAGGCCCUGUGGGAACCAGGAUGGUGACCCUGUGAGCCCCGCCGGAGUCUGCCUGGAGGAGUUGCAUCUGCAGCCCGGCUCGGAGCCCCAGGAGGAGACCGGCCGGGCCAGCCCGGGCCUGACGGGGGCCGAGGAGCCUGAGGAGCACCAGAGAUGUCAGCAGCCCAGGACACCUAGUCCCUUGGCCUUGGAGGAGACCACUGAACCAAGCUCACCCCCCUUGAGCCCCAGCAUCAAACUCAUGGAUAGAACCGAGUCCCUGAACCGCUCCAUCAAGAAGAGUAACAGUGUGAAGAGGUCCCAGCCAGCUCUGCCCAUCUCCAAGAUCGAUGAGAGGUUGGAACAGUACACCCAGGCCAUUGAGACUGCUGGCCGGAACCCCAAACUAGUUCGGCAGCCCUCCAUCGAGCUGCCCAGCAUGGCCGUGGCGAGCACCAAGAGCCGGUGGGAGACGGGAGAGGUGCAGGCUCAGUCUGCUGCCAGGAGCCCCUCCUGCAAGGAUAUUGUAGCUGGAGACAUGAGCAAGAAGAGCCUCUGGGAGCAGAAAGGAGGCUCCAAGACAUCGUCGACAAUUAAGAGCACCCCAUCUGGGAAGAGGUACAAGUUUGUGGCCACCGGCCAUGGGAAGUACGAGAAGGUGCUGAUGGAUGAGGGCUCGGCGCCCUGAGCCUUCCCUCUGCGGUCCUGAGCCCGGGUGCAGGCAGGCGGCUCCCUCCACACCCCCAUCCAUGCUCCCGGGGAGAGUCCAGCCAGAUGCCCACCCAGCCCUGCCGAAGAAGCCGCUCCCUAUUGCCCGCCUGGCUGCCCAUGCCCCUCCAACACCUGCCACUGCUGCCACCUCUGUCCCUGGACCUCCGACCCCUCUCCCCUCUGCUCCCAGACCCACCAGCUCUGCCUCUCACAGCCCCGAGGAAAGGGAUCCUCACUGAUGCUUGGCUAAGGGGACCAGCCCGCAGAGGCCACACACUCACGAGAAAGGGACGGCCUGUGCAGAGAGAGCGCAGCUGCCGGGGGACAUCCCUUCAAGAGCCGCUGGUGCCUGUGCUGGAUGCUCAGGCCCCAGGCCCUUCCCCACCUCCUGCUUGCAGCCCCUUCAUUUUGUGCAAUAAAAGCUCUUUCCAUGCCCCA